GAAAUGCCAAUGCCGCCUGUCGCUGAUGUGUUAAAGGCUUUAGAAAUGGACUUCAUUGAAAGAAAUUAUGAAGAUAAGUACGUGUCUCAAGAUGAUGUUCGCUUCGUGCAGUUUCUCUCGGAAACUAUAAUGAAAAGGAAAGAUGGACACUACGAGAUGCCGUUACCCUUCAAAGACAACAGUCAACUGGCACUACCAAACAAUAAGAGGCUGGCCCUUAUUCGACUUCAUCAUCUAAAGAAAAGAUUAAAGGGAAAUAGACAGUACCAUGAACACUACACUGCAUUCAUGGAAGAAACAAUCAGAAAAGGUGAUGCAGAACCAGCCCCUUCAUUAUCAGAGGAAGAAACAGUGUGGUACAUCCCACAUCACGGGGUUUAUCACCCCAAGAAGCCAGACAAGUUAAGAGUUGUCUUUGAUUGUUCAGCAAAGUUCAAAGGCAUCUCCCUAAACGAUACCUUGCUGACAGGUCCCGACCUGAUAAACUCUCUAGUGGGAGUCCUCUGUCGCUUCAGGAAGGAAGCAGUUGCUGUGAUAUGCGACAUUGAAAAGAUGUUCCAUCAGUUCUAUAUCCCCUCAGAAAUGCGCAAUUACUUAAGGUUCCUUUGGUGGGAGAACGGUCAGUUGGAAACAGAACCGAAAGAAUACAGAAUGGCAGUUCACCUUUUCGGUGCCAGCUCCUCUCCAGGAUGUGCCAAUUUCGGCCUUAAGUAUCUUGCACGACAACACAAGUCAGAACAUCCCUCAGCAUCAGCCUUCAUCGAGAAGAACUUUUAUGUCGACGACGGCCUAACUAGCGUUCCAACAGUCAGCGAAGCUUCGAAUCUAAUCCUCGAAACUCAAAGAUUAUGUAAAAAUGCUGGCCUACGACUGCAUAAGUUCAACUCUAAUAAAAGGGACGUCCUGUCCUGUAUAGCUCCGUCAGAAAGAGCAACAACUAGUGUACCUGUCAAACUUAGCCCAGACUCAACAACAGAAGGACAAGUACUUGGCAUUCAGUGGUCAAUUGAAAACGACACCUUCAGUUUCAGUGCUGACAUAAAGGAUCAACCCUCAACUCGUCAUGGUAUCCUGUCAGUCGUAGCCUCUCUUUAUGACCCUCUGGGCUUCAUAGCCCCCUUCAUACUGAGUGGCAAGUGCAUUCUCCAAGAGCUUUGCCGCAGGGGCAUCAGUUGGGAUGAAGCACUUCCUGAGAGCUUAUGUCCACGGUGGGAGGCUUGGAAGAGUAGUCUGCAAGCUUUAAGGGAAAUCAAGAUACCCAGAUGUUACCAUCCCCCAGACUUUGGUAACAGAAUGAAAGUGGAACUACACCACUUUUCCGAUGCCAGCAACAUAGGAUAUGGUGCCUGUUCGUACCUUAGGUACAAAAAUGACAGAGAUCAAGUCCAUUGCAGCUUCGUAAUGGCCAAGGCAAGAGUUGCACCAACGAAGAUUGUGAGCAUCCCAAGGCUUGAACUCUCAGCUGCCGUCACUGCAGCAAGGUUGAGUGUCAUGUUGAAGGCAGAACUUGAAAUAGAAAUUGACAAAGAAUUCUUCUGGACAGACUCCCAAGUAGUCUUAGCCUAUAUCAAUAAUGAAGCGAGAAGGUUUCACGUGUUUGUAGCCAAUCGUGUUCAACUCAUAAGAGAGAUCACAGAUCCAACCCAGUGGCAUUAUGUGGAUACGACCCAAAACCCAGCCGACCAUGCAUCCAGGGGUCUACAUGUAGCGGAUAUAUCCACCUCAAGUUGGUUAUCUGGGCCUAGUUUCCUUUGGAGAUCUGAAGUGCACGCAUCUUCAAGCUCUUCAGCAGAACUAAUUGUAGACGAUCCUAAAGUCAAACCCAUUACAACCCUUGCAUCACAAGCCAAUGAACAAUUCUGGAGUCGGUGGAAAAGAGAAUACCUCAUGAGUGUUUCCACAAGACAGAAAUGGCACACACCUCGACGUAACCUCAAAGUAAAUGACAUUGUCAUAAUCAAAGAUGAUAUGUCUCCCAGAUGCCAGUGGCAACUAGGACGUGUAAUUGAAACUACAAUAGAAAAGGAUGAUCUAGUUCGUCGAGUCCAGGUGUUAGUAGGUGACAGAAGAUUGCAAGAUAAGAAGGACUAUGUAUCAAAACCUUCAAUUAUUGAACGUCCUAUUCAAAAGCUAGUAGUUCUCAUAGAAAGCAAAUAAGUUCAGUUUUAGUGAUACACUAGCAUACCACCACACAAGACAGUAGCCAGUCACAGAGGUACCUAUAAGCUAAAUUGUGUAUGAUGUACCAUGUUUUAUAGCAGCCAAGGUUAUGUUCUGUAAAUUAUGUAUGACUUUUAGGUUAUGUUCAUCAUAACAUAAUUUGGUGGGAGUGUAACUGUCCGCUUAUCAUUGUGGAUCUUGUUCAGCACUUACUGCUGAGUGGAACCUUUCUGCCUCCCUUUGGUUCCCUGGGGAAUGUUUUGAUCAGCAGGAUUACAAGACCACUCCUUCUUCCUGUCUUAGAAAGAAAGCCUUUUCCUGUAUCUCAGAUGCCACAUGUUAGCUGUCUGCAUAGGAUUUCAUGGAAGAUGUCUGCAGAAAAUCCCUAAAGCUUAAAGUUUGUACCCCCCUUGGCAAGUGGAUCGAGUUUUCACGGUGCUAUGGUGCUAUGGUGCUAUGGUGCUAUGGUGCUUACGAUAUUCAUAUUUACGGUGCUCAAGGAGAUAAAGAAAAUAAUAUUCAACCCUGCUGCGCACCUUUGUUCCGAAAUAAUAAAACUACUGCACCCGU